GAUAUCCUGGCCGCCUGGCGGCGAGAGCCCCCGCGGCCCUGCCUGGGCGAGCGAGCGCCGGCAGGUCCCGGGGCGAGCGAGCGGCACUCACUCGGAGGCAGCUCCCGGGAGGUCAGGGCGCGGCGGCGGCCUCCUCUGGAGCUGGGCCUCGCACCUGGCGCGCGCCCGCGGGCGGGAGGGGGCCGCCCUCUGGGACGCCGGCCUGCCCAGCCGGGACGUCACGGGGAUGACCUGGACCUGCCGCUCGAGCCGCUGUGGGACAUCCUUCUGCCGUUCUUCGGCCUGGGCAUCAGCGCCCUGGGCGUGCAGCUCACUCUCUUCGUGUCACUAGUGGAGCCCCUGCUCUUGCUCGCCCUGCCGAGCGUGCUGAGGGCCCUGCGCGGCUUCGACCAUCGCCUGCUCUCCUGGCACCUGGGAAGCCUCAUCGGCCACCCGAUGAUCGUCGCUCAGGUGGCCAUCUCGCGCGCCGAGAGGGGCAGGCCGGCCUGCGGAGCCGCAGCCUUCGGGGCCCUCGUCGGCGCCUACGCGCUCGGCGCCCUCGCGGGCACGGCGAUGGCGCUGCACCCGCUCUUCCCCCCGGAGGCCGGGGCGGCGAGGGCCCGCGUCGCGCCGAACGAGGCGGUGAGGCUGGGGGCGAUCGCGCUGCUGGUGGCCUCGAGCCUCCUAGCGCUCCCCUUCGUCGGUCGCCUCCUGGCGGAGGUGAAGCGGACGUUCGGGGUCGCCCACGAGUGUGCUCCAGAGCUGGCGGCACGUUCGCUCGUGGUGUUCGGCCUCUCGCUGAUCAUGGGCGCGAUGCCCCGGCUGGCCUCCGUGAGCUCGGAGGACGUCCUGUCCGGCUUCCUGGCGUGGGGGGACGGCCGCAGCGUGCUGUGGUUCGACAUCGUGGGCGUGGUCACCUCCGGAGUGGUGGUGCCCAUCCUGCUGAGCCCAGGGCUGGGGGCGCUGGCGGGCGGCGACUGCCUGGACUGCACGCUGAGGCUGGGCUGCCUGAGCUGUGCUCUCUUGGCCCUCGCGUCCGCAAAGGUGCACUUGGAGGGGAUCGAUGCUGCUUUCGAUCUGGCCGUCGCGGCAGGAGGGACGCUCAGCUUCGCCGCCGCCCUCGCGCACACGGUGCUGUCCACGCGCAUGCUCGAGGAGAUUGCCGAGGACGACGCCGGGAUAGCCCUGGGCUGGGGCGUGUUCGCGGGCGGCUCGGCGGAGCUGGCAGGCUCAAGACUUGGCGAGGCGCUGUCGCUCCACUGGAACUUCCUUUGGCCGUCGGCGCUCGCUCUGCUCGCCUGCACUGCGGCGCAGUGGGCCCUGCGCCAGCGCCCCGCACGCCCGGGCGGCCUCGCGGUGCCGGCGGCGUGCGCGUAGCGCCGCGCGCGCACGCCGCCCGUUGCGACCCAGCGGUCGCGAAUUAUCGCUCGAUGCGAGAAGGUAUCUUUCUUGCCGUGCUGCAGUCCUCGUGGCCCAGCGGCCGCACGGGACCAGCUCCGAGCCGCUCGGACGGAA